GGACAUAAAACCGCGGAGCUCUGACAGACGCGGUGGGUUCUGUUUGUGCGUGCCUGGCGUCGGAUCCCCCCAAAUACAUCCACCUCCACUUUCACACUCCCCGCGAGCACAGAGCUGCCGCUCCGCCGGUUCUUCGGCGACUUUGACCCCUGAGGACCUGCAUGUCUGAUCUUUAGACAUGUUCAGAUUAGUGGAUUCACGGACUCUCCUGCUACUCGUAGCAACGCAUUGCGUUUUGCUAUCCCUUGUAAGAUGUCAACAAGAAGAUGACCAGGAAGACUUUGGCAGCUGCAUCCAAGAUGGCGAGAAGUAUGCAGACCGUGCAGUAUGGAAGCCAGAAGCGUGCCGUGUGUGUGUGUGCGAUACAGGGGCAGUGCUAUGUGACGAGGUCAUCUGUGAGGACCUGAGAGACUGUACCAAUCCCAUCAUUCCACCUGGAGAGUGCUGUCCCAUCUGCCCAGCUGACACCGACGAACCUAACGGGUCACUUGGUGCAAAGGGACAGAAAGGAGAACCAGGCGAUAUUGCUGAUGUUGUAGGACCAAGAGGUCCUGCUGGCCCAAUGGGACCUCCAGGAGAGCAGGGACCACGUGGCGAGGGAGGAGCUAAGGGUGAGAAGGGAAAUCCUGGCCCAAGAGGGAGAGAUGGCGAGCCUGGUACACCUGGAAACCCAGGACCCCCUGGACCACCAGGACCUCAUGGUCCCCCUGGACUUGGAGGAAACUUUGCUGCUCAGAUGGCUGGAGGUUUUGAUGAGAAGGCAGGAGGUGCUCAGAUGGGUGUGAUGCAGGGACCAAUGGGUCCAAUGGGUCCCCGUGGUCCUCCUGGCCCCACUGGAGCACCUGGCCCACAAGGUUUCCAAGGCAACCCUGGAGAGGCUGGUGAACCUGGCCCUGCUGGUCCUCUUGGACCCCGUGGCCCUCCUGGACCCCCUGGAAAACCCGGAAGUGAUGGUGAGGCUGGCAAACCUGGCAAGUCUGGUGAGCGUGGACCCACAGGGCCUCAGGGAGCCCGUGGAUUCCCCGGAACCCCUGGCCUUCCUGGCAUCAAGGGACACAGAGGACACCCAGGUCUUGAUGGAGCUAAAGGAGAGGCCGGUGCUGCAGGUGCUAAGGGUGAAUCUGGUGCUAACGGUGAGAGUGGUGCCCCUGGACCAAUGGGUCCACGUGGUCUGCCCGGUGAGAGAGGUCGUUCUGGACCUUCUGGUGCUGCUGGUGCCCGUGGUAAUGAUGGUCUGCCUGGUCCUGCUGGUCCUCCUGGACCUGUUGGUCCUGCUGGUGCUCCAGGUUUCCCAGGAUCCCCUGGUGCUAAGGGUGAAGCUGGUCCCACUGGAGCUCGUGGACCUGAGGGUGCACAAGGACAACGUGGAGAGGCCGGUACACCUGGAUCACCUGGACCCGCCGGUGCAUCUGGUAACCCUGGUACUGAUGGUAUUCCUGGUGCCAAAGGAUCUGCUGGUGCUUCUGGCAUUGCUGGUGCCCCUGGUUUCCCAGGACCCCGUGGCCCGCCAGGACCUCAGGGAGCUACUGGACCUCUUGGGCCUAAAGGACAAUCUGGAGACCCUGGUAUCCCAGGAUUUAAGGGCGAGGCUGGACCCAAGGGAGAGCGUGGUGUUGCAGGACCUCAGGGUGCCCCUGGGCCAUCUGGAGAGGAAGGCAAGAGAGGACCAAGAGGAGAGCCUGGUUCUGCCGGGCCUCUCGGACCUCCUGGAGAAAGAGGAGCUCCAGGUAACCGUGGAUUCCCUGGUCAGGAUGGUCUAGCAGGAGCUAAGGGCGCACCUGGUGAUCGUGGUGUUCCUGGUUUGACCGGCCCGAAAGGAGGAACUGGAGAUCCUGGUCGCACAGGCGAGCCUGGUCUUCCUGGAGCCAGAGGUCUCACUGGGCGCCCUGGUGAUGCUGGAGCUCAAGGAAAAGUUGGACCAUCUGGUGCUGAUGGCCAGCCUGGAAUUAAAGGAGAGCAGGGUGAGUCAGGACAGAAAGGUGAAGCUGGAUCUCAUGGACCCCAAGGACCAUCAGGAUCACCCGGCCCAGUGGGCCCAACUGGUGUUACAGGACCUAAGGGAGCACGUGGAGCCCAAGGAGCUCCUGGUGCCACUGGUUUCCCAGGAGCUGCAGGAAGAGUUGGAUCACCUGGCCCCAAUGGUAACCCUGGUCCUCCUGGCCCUCCAGGUGCCUCUGGUAAAGAUGGUCCUAAGGGAGUUCGUGGUGAUGCCGGUCCCCCAGGCAGAGCAGGAGAUGCUGGACUGCGUGGACCUCCUGGUGCUUCUGGAGAGAAGGGAGAGCCUGGAGAGGAUGGCCCUCCUGGUGCUGAUGGUCCCUCUGGCCCUGCUGGUCUUGCUGGUCAGCGUGGUAUUGUUGGUUUGCCUGGUCAGCGUGGUGAAAGAGGCUUCCCAGGACUUCCAGGACCCUCUGGUGAGCCUGGCAAACAGGGAGCUUCUGGCUCUUCUGGUGACCGUGGACCCCCUGGCCCUGUUGGACCUCCUGGAUUGACUGGACCUGCUGGAGAGACUGGACGUGAGGGUAAUCCUGGAUCUGAUGGUCCACCUGGUAGAGAUGGUGCCGCUGGUGUUAAGGGUGAGCGUGGUAACACUGGCCCAAUCGGUGCUCCUGGAGCUCCUGGUGCACCUGGUGCUCCUGGUUCCGUUGGUCCAAUUGGCAAACAGGGAGACAGAGGAGAGAAUGGCCCACAAGGACCUGCUGGACCCCCUGGACCCGCUGGAGCUAGAGGCAUGGUGGGACCCCAAGGACCUCGUGGUGAUAAGGGUGAGGCAGGAGAAGCUGGAGAAAGAGGUCUGAAGGGACACAGAGGAUUCACCGGUCUGCAGGGUCUGCCUGGACCUCCUGGUGCUCCUGGAGACCAGGGUGCUGCUGGACCUGCUGGACCAAGUGGCGCUAAAGGACCUUCAGGACCUGUUGGACCGGCUGGUAAGGAUGGUUCUAAUGGUCAGCCUGGACCUAUUGGACCACCUGGACCUCGUGGACGCUCUGGAGAGUCUGGCCCAAGUGGUCCACCUGGUAAUCCUGGACCCCCUGGCCCUCCUGGUCCUCCUGGCCCUGGCAUUGACAUGUCUGCCUUCGCUGGGUUAGCUCAGACCGAGAAGGGACCUGAUCCUCUGCGUUACAUGCGUGCCGACGAGGCCUCCAGCUCUCUUAGACAACAUGAUGUGGAGGUGGACGCCACACUGAAAUCAAUCAACAGCCAGAUCGAGGACAUCCGCAGCCCAGAUGGCUCCCGCAAGAACCCUGCACGCUCAUGCCGAGACCUGAAACUCUGCCACCCUGAAUGGAAGAGCGGUGACUACUGGGUGGAUCCUAACCUUGGUAGCGCUGCUGAUGCCAUCAAAGUUUUCUGCAACAUGGAGACCGGAGAGACUUGUGUGAAGCCCAGCACUGCCAAAAUCCCACGCAAGAACUGGUGGAGCAGCAAGAGCAAGGCGCAGAAGCACGUGUGGUUUGGAGAGAGCAUGAACGGUGGAUUCCACUUCAGCUAUGCUGAUAGCAGCCAGACUCCUAGUACUACCACCAUCCAGCUGAACUUCCUGAGACUGCUGUCUACUGAGGCCACUCAGACCAUCACCUACCACUGCAAGAACAGCGUUGCUUACAUGGACCAAGCCACAGGCAACCUGAAGAAGGCCGUUCUGCUGCAGGGCUCCAAUGAUGUGGAGAUCAGAGCAGAGGGCAACAGCCGCUUUACAUAUGGAGUACUUGAGGAUGGCUGCAAGAAGCACACAGGUCAGUGGGGCAAGACUGUGAUUGAGUACAAAACUCAGAAGACAUCCAGGCUGCCCAUUGUGGACAUUGCUCCCAUGGACGUCGGAGGAGCAGAUCAGGAGUUUGGAGUGGACGUUGGUGCAGUCUGCUUCUUGUAAAAAAAUAAAUAAAACAUAUGUGGAUUAUGAUAUAAGACAUGGAAAAAUACCAAUGAUGAGCAAUAACUGUGAGGAUGCAAUACACUCUCCAAGUAAACGAAAUAUGGAAGAAAAGAAAAGAAAUCUGAAAAUUGACGAAAGUUUUUUUUUUCUCUAAAACACAAAAAGUCGUGCUUGUCCACGUUUAGUGUGCAGGAAAACCAGCGCUAAAUGGGAUUGCCCCAAAUAGUCUCUCCCUCUGAAAUCCAGCCAUGUUUCCCAGAAGCCCUCAGUACAGCACCUCCUCCUGUCGGGAGCCAAGAGGGGGACAGAACGAGCGAGUGCAACCAAAAGAUUCAGAGAUUCAAAGAAAGACAGAAACAUGGCUUGAUGUCAUCACAUCCUGCAAGGGUUGGAGGUUGGGUGAUGCUGUAUAGCAUCAUGGCUGGAUACCACAGUAGUCCCUCCCACUAAAGAACUGGCCAUGCCCAGUCCCACUUCACCCUUCCCUCUGCCUCUUGACUGUGACUCAGAAGAAAACAUCACAUUAUGCAAGAUUUUGUGAAAUGUUAAACCUGAGGAGGGAAUAAGUUCAUAUUUACUGUGUAUAGUAACAAAAAAUCUUGAUUCAGUCUGUACUGAAGCAGCCAGAUCUAUAUAUUUUCACAAUUAUAUGUGUUUGUGUGUGUGAGCUUGUGCCUAUACACACCAACAAUAUUUUGGGGAAAGUGCAGUUCCAUUUCUUUUUUUUUUUUUUUUGUGUAAAUCUUUUUUUUUUUUUUUUUUUUUUUACCAUGACUGCCCAAACUAGGAAGUUUUGGUCCCUUAACAUAACAGCAGAAAAAGAAAAAAAUCUAAUAAAUUUGGAAACCAUUUCUAUUUUUUGUUUAUUUGCAUGAUCUUAAUUUUUCAAGAAAAGCUACCUCACGCAGGAAAAAGUAAAAAUCUGGAUCUGAACGAAAGCAGCUUGGGGUUCGAGAAGCAUCAGGAAGUCCCCCCUGCAUGGCUCGAUCCAUCUUCAGAAGGUGCUAUUAGUAUUGAUCUAUCAGUCAGUAUUUCCCACAAUAACCAGACCAUUCCACUCCCUAACUAGCCUCAUUCAACACACACAGCCUGCUCAGAGUAUGCAGAACUAUGCAGGAUGAUCAAAAGACAGAGAGAUUCUUUUGGAAAUGCCGAAAUUUUGCUUCCAAAGGAUCGCCGUAUCGCUGAACAGGAUGUGUGUGUGUGUGAGGGUGUGUAUAUUUUUGUUAUAAUUAAUAUUAUUAUGAUCUUGUUUUUUUUUUUUUUUUAGUUCUCUCAUUUUGGUUCUGGUUUUGUUAUGAUUUUAAUUAAUGUAAAUUGAAAAUAAAGGAAAAAACGAGGAAUUAUGAAGUCAAA